UCGAUAAUUUUCCUGGUGUUAACUUGGCUGUAGAAUAGGAGAUUGUCUGGUCGACUGUAAUGUUCGUGGUGCCAGCACAGAUACUGCUUAUGUCUUUCUGCGUCGUUGUUUGCGAUCAAUUUUUGAACACAACAAAAAUGUUAAUUCUUUAAAAAAUGAACCCGUUUUCGGAAUUUGAACACGUACAAAUCGAAGAAGUAUGCCGCAUUUGCCUUACAAAGAAAGAACAGAUGAGUUUAAUUUAUGAAACUGGUUUAGCAGACAUGCUUUUGGAAUGUGCUUCGCUCCAGGUAACACCUGACAAUGGACUUUUUAAUUUUGUGUGUCAGCAAUGCCAAAACGAAGUCAGCCGUUGGUACCUCUUUAAACAGCAAGUAGUUCGGUCUUUUGAAGUCGGUAAAUGGAUAUUGGAGAGAAGAAACAAAAAACUCGAAAAUGAUGAAUUAACAAACACAAUAAAAGACGAAGUGGACAUUCCCCCAAGUGUGUUUGAUGUAAAUAUCGCUUUCAAUACUUUAGCCAACAAUAGUAAAGAUGUGCAAAGCACUUUCUUGGUCAAUGAGUCUAGUAAUCAAAUAGUGAACACCCCAACUGACUCUCAGUCAAAAAAGAAACGAACACGCGAAGAUUUAGUUUGCAAAAUUUGCCACAAACAAUGUCUCACCACCAAUUCGUACAAUCGCCACAUCAGAACGCAUGAUAAUUCCCGACCGUUCGUUUGCAGCAAGUGUGAUAAGGCCUUCAAGACAACCCAAGUGCUGUCAGAACACAUGAAACGGCAUUACGACGACAGGCGCCACCAGUGUGCUCUUUGCAGCAAAAAGUUUUACUCAAAAGCGAGUCUAAACGACCACUUACGGAGCCACACAGGGGAGAAACCUUUCGGAUGCGAAGUCUGCGGACGGGCUUUCGGGACCAAGGCCAUCCUCAGACAACACCUGGGAAUUCACACAGUGCGUGAAAAGAAACACCAGUGUAACAUUUGCGGCAAAUUCCUGCUCUCAGCCGGCAGUCUAGACACCCACGUGAGGAAACACUCCGGCAUAAAACCGUUCUGUUGCCCCGGUUGUGACAAAAGCUUCUUCACUAAAGAAGCAAUGCAAAGACAUUUCGACGCAAUCCACGACACUGACAACAACUUCCUGUGCAACUUCUGCUCAAAAGUGUGUUCAACGAAAGUACAUCUCAACAACCACUUGAAGAAGAAGCAUCUAGGGCUGGGGAAGCCCCCGAAUGCUGUGUGCACCGAGUGUGGCAAGCAGUGUGGUUCAGCCGCCGAACUGAAGGUCCAUGUUAGGGUACACACGGGAGAGAGGCCGUACAAGUGCGAUAUUUGCAAUAAGAGGUUUAUUGCAAAAGGCAAUUUGAAUUCGCACAAGUGGAGACACACGGGAAGAAAGCCGUUUUUGUGUAACCACUGUGGGAAAGCGUUUGGGGAAAAGUCCACGCUCAAAGUGCACGAGAGGAUACACACGGGGGAGCAGCCGUACAAGUGCGAGCUCUGCGAAAAGGCCUAUGUGCAGAGCAGCGCCCUGAGGACGCACAUGAAAGGCCAUGAAAAACAGUGAAGGUUUGGAGAUUUUAUAAAUUUAUUUAUGAAUAAAUACUAGUCACAAG